CGAUACGAACGCGAACGUGAUUCCGUUUCAGUCUGAUUCCCGAUCGGAGCGGGAUUCUGUGGCCUGCCGCGCAUUCGUUCGCUUAAAUGAUAUGAGAGACUGAGCUAGCUCAACCGUUACAUAGUGGGACGCAUGAUUUGCAAAGCUAGGAAGCUGAGCGGGACGCUCAUUUCCCUCAGUGACCUUUUCAAAAUGCGAGUUGGCGCCUGACUGCCGGCGCCCUCGGCUGCAUGGCUGAGGAAGGCAUCAAUGCGUUCGGGGGGCGCAGCAGCGCUCCCUGGAGCCCGGACCUGCUGCUGGCUGGCGCGACGCUCCCCCCGCUGGUGUCGACUUCUCACCCGUCCUUCUCGACAUUCAGCUCGGCCAGCGUUCAAACACUCUCAACAGAGACUGAUGGAGGGUACCCGGACGCAGAGGACCUGGGCCGCGAGAGCCCAACUGCGCUCAGACUAACAGGGAAGCCUUGGCGGCGAAUGUGGAAUUCGACGGAGGACUCCAUUCUGGUGAAGCUGGUCCAGGAGUUUGGCCCCACAAGGUGGAAGGAAAAGGCUGAAAGGAUUCCUGGGAGGACCGCGCGCCAGUGCCGUGAGCGGUGGCACAAUCACCUGGAGCAUAAUCUCAACAAGGGGCCAUGGUCUGAGGAAGAGAAAGUGACUCUCGCAGUUUUGUACUCACAAUUGGGGCCAAAAUGGAGUUUAAUUGCCAAGUACUUGCCUGGUCGAAGUGACAACUGCGUUAAGAACCACUGGUAUGCUGCUGUUAAAAGGAAAACCGGAGGGGGGCUGUGCCAGCAAAGCCUGUGAGCAGGAGCUUGAGGACCAUCAUCUUCAGCUGGUUCAACGCUGGAGGUCCAUGCUGCGAAUCGACGAGUGGUUUGAGAACUUGGGGUCUUCGGUCCUAACGAAUGUUGAACCUUAGCUAGACCGGAAGAUGCUGCAGGUAUUCAGUCCAGCAAUGCAAAGCGGCAAGCGCAGGAGGUACUGAAGCAGGUUGUCAGGUGACUCAAGCGAGCACGUUUACAGUAGUCAGCUUUUCAGAACAGUUGGAGCAAUAACGAUCGUAUCACGACCACGGGUCCAGAAGAUGUUCAAAUCCUAAAUGGUCUGACGGAACUUGAGUCAGCGGACAUAGAGCAGAUUGUGAAGCCUGCCUAGCAUCAAGCAUAGCCGCAGAACAUGUAGAGCUGCUGAAUGAAGUUUCCAGAGCUAGACGAUGAGAUCCAACGAAACACUAUGGCGAAACACAAACUGGAUAGCUGGCACGCAGCUGCUGAUCGAGCUUAGGACUUCCAGGAAUCACCGACCUAGAUUAAACUAGUCAUUGUUACUUUGUACAUGCACUGUUAGUCAGGCUCGCUUAAUCGAGUUAGGAUAGCUGUCGACCUUCCAACUUUAGAUUGCAGCUCCGUGGAGACGUUUUAAUUUGCAUAACCAUUGCAUUUUAACUUCAACAGACGUUUGGCUGUUCUUGCUAGAUGAUCAGCUCUUUCCAAUCUGG